GAGUGACAACAAUAUGACUAAUGUAAGAAAUCGCAAGUUUUUGAAAAAUUUUAUCCAAAGUUUAUCUAGUCAAAAAUAAGCUUCAAAUUGUCAAUUGUUUACGUGUAAGACAGGAGGAGCGUUCCUAAAUGAAGAUUUUUUUCAAUCCAACCUUUCGUAAAAUGACUGAAAUUAUGAUUUCGCAGUAUUAAAAAUAACUGAAAUGUUUAUUCAACAAUUUUUAUACGAAAAAAUAAUGUCAAAAGCUAAUUAAAAAAAAAGCUCGCACAGAUUUGGCUGUCAUUUUCGACAAUAUCUUUAUAAAUAAUAGGAAAACUAGUAUUUCACUGCUGCAACAACUGGGAAUUGUUCAAGGGAAAUGCAAGCAGGAGGAGCAUUAAAGAUAUUUUACCCAUUAAAUUAACACAAAGAGGUCCUAUAUAUACGGAAUACAUCGAUCAAACAACCGUAGCAACCACCAGCACGGAAUAUGGUUAAGAUUUGUUAAUGACAGUUCGAGUUGCGGUUAGAAAAUGACUUACAGUGAUUCAAUGUUGUUUUAGAGACAGACCUUUCCACAAUCGAUUAAAAUAUAGUUGCACUAUUUUCGUGAGUUUUGUCACGCAAUUUGUGAUUCAAAAACGUUGUAAUGCCUCACCGUCGAAGCGACGCGACGAAAAAGGCCACAGACCGAGGUCGAAACAACAGUUUAUUACAAAUACGACCAAUUAUAUCGGAACGGACACGUCGGGAACUUCUACGUGGGGUUGUUUCCGCAUUUCAACAUCGAAUGAACAUAAAUAUAACAGAAAAUGGCGUUGACUUGACACCAAAAUUUCUAACCGAUUCGCUUUAUCCACCUAUUGAAGAAAAACAAUUAACAGCACUCGAUACUAUUGGCUUAAGCCACAAUGGGAGUAUGUCACAACUUACCAUUUCUUCACCGGGCAACGAAACACUCCGCUCCAGUUCUCUCAGCCUCGUUAAAUCUUCCUCCAUGUACGCUAACGUUUUACCUUCCGCCGAAACGAUACAAAGCAUUUUAUCUGCUCAAGGACCAGGCGACGAAUCCCUGCAAGAUUCGGACAACGAUCAGGCGCCAUCUCAAUUUUGCUUAUCGAGAUACGACUCGGGCAUCUUCUAUAUGAAAUCGGAAAAUGAGACGUUAACAAUCAAGGAGACUGAGACUUUUUUCCUAUUCGAGAUGCCUCAAUUAACCGCCGAUUUACAAACUCCAGAAGGCUUGAUGGUCCAAGAAGCUAAUGAGCGAUACGAGUAUGUGACUGUCGGUGGUGGUUCCAACAGAAAAUUGAUUGAUGCCGAAACUCAGACUCCACGAACGCAUACCAAGCCCAGAUCAACCUACAUUGGUCCUGAUAAACGGCACAAUCGAGGAACAUUCGUUAAUAAUUGGGUGAUGUAUGAUACUUAUGAAAAUCCUGAAUCAACUGUUAUUGAGAAAGAACUCAAGACUCGUUCGAUCAACUCUGUGGCUCAAAUAAUCGCUGCCCAGAUACACCAUAAGAAAUUGAUGCAUAACGAAUCGUACCAGGAAAACGAAAGCCUGCAAGACGAUCUAAAUCGUAUUUUCAACAAAGUAUCCUUCUGCGACGCUGUUAGAGUAAUGGAGCGAAUAAUCGCCAGCAACUUGUACAUUAUUCCUCAAAAAAGGUUCAAAAGCUUGAUAAAAAGAGAUCCCUGCCGAUUGGAUUUGGAGUUUACGUACUCUCUGGAGCUUUUGUGGACUCAUUCGUGUUCCUUAACUCAGGCCAGAAAAGUAAGCUGUCACAAAUGGAAUCCUGUAAACGCGGAUCUUCUUGCUGCUGGAUACGGAACAUCGCAGUCUGAAAAAGAUGGUUUGAUGCUGAUUUGGUGUAUGAAGAACCCGAGUCAGCCUGACAGAAUUUACCGAUUUCCUUGCCCGAUUUCUAGUGCUGAUUGGUCCAAUAAAAAACCUAAUCAGUUGGCGAUUGGGUUUCACGAUGGUUCAGUAAUCGUAAUUGAUGUCAGUAAAAAGGAUUUGGUCGUGUUGAGGAAAAGUUCUCGUCUCACGUCGCCUACGUACUCGCCGCAUUGGCAGGUCCAAUGGUGGGUCGAGGAUGAACAAUACGAUUAUCAAGAGCACAUAUACACGAGCAAUGAGGAUGGAAGAAUAGUGUGCUAUCGAACUGGUGAAGAUUUUACACCUUCGGAAAUCAUGAGGAUUCCUCGAAUUGAAAACCAAAUCGGAGGAGUCGCUAGAACUAACGAGUGCAAUUUGUACAAUAUUCCAAUAAGUCAAAAUCCCGGCGCCGUUUUGCUUCGACGACAUCCGAGCCAGGGUCCGAUUUACUUCGUGGGAACAGACGAAGGCUGCGUUCAUCGUUGCUCAACGAACUACCUCCACCAACACAUCGACAGUUUUCUUGCCCACGACGGUCCGGUUUACUCUUUUGAAUUUUCACCCUUCUGUGAUAAAAUUUUUCUCACCUGUGGAGCCGAUUGGUGCACCAGAAUUUGGGUCGAUGGAAUCACUGAACCACUUGUCACGCUUUCGACACACAUCGCGUGCGUUCGUGGAGCUUCCUGGUGCCCUAUCAAUUCCACCGUUAUCGCCAGUAUCGUCAACGAUGAAAUAUGCAUCUGGGAUAUCAAGAGGAAAAUUUAUAGACCUUCUUCCGUCACUUCCUCCACUAAUAAUCGUGUAUUCGUUUCCAUUGAUUUUACGAAAAAUGGCAAACAGCUUGUCGCUGCUGACACCGAUGGUGAUAUUCAUAUUUACACUCUGGAAGGAAUGCCUUUUCCACCACUCGACCAAACUGCUCUUCUUGUUAAAUCUAUCGAAAAAGCUCUUGUCACGAAACCCGAGCUUUUACGAAAAUUAAAAAAACUUGGUACGCCUUUUUAAUCCUCCUUCAUAUUGUUCUUUACAUAUUCGAAAUAUACGUUUGGAAAUGGUGUAUGAA